CUUCCUCUGCUGUAAAAACUUCCCCUGUGAUUUCCCCCUGUGAGCGGUCUCUCGAUCUAGGGAUUUCAAAAUUAGAACUACAAUUACAAGAGCAGACGCAGACUCUUCCUACCUCCAUUUAUUUUGGAUUUGAAUUCAGUGCUCUAAAAAUGUUUCGCAAAACCAUUGAUGGGUUGUUUUUGGAUUACUCAUCGCAAUGUGGUAAUCAGGACACCAUGGCAAAACUGUUGGAGCUGGCUGAGGAAGCACAUCUCAAAGAAAAAAUUGGCAAAAUGUAUAGCGGAGAACAUAUAAACAGCACUGAGGAUAGAUCUUUUCUCCAUGUGUCUCUACAUGCUCCAAGAGAUGCUGUUAUGUCCAGUGAUGGCAUAAAUGUAGUUCCAGAGAUUGGAGCCACGGGGAAGGCAUUGAAAGAUGUUGUAGCUGUUGGAAUUGGAAGCAGCUUUUUAGGUCCUCUCUUUGUACACACUGCACUUCAGACAGAUUCGGAGGCUGUGGCCUGUGCAAAAGGACGCUAGUUGCGUUUAAGUUGGCGGUGAAGAAUAAAGAAAAUAAGUCCAAACAAACAGUUCAACAAACUGGCGGCUCCAAGCUUUUACGAGUUAAACAAGAACAGGAAGAUUAUGAAUAUCCUCUGUUUCGUCUUUGGAAUCUGUGGGAAUGCAACUGCUCGAGGUAUCCUACCAAACCCAUAUCCAACUCGUUUGAUUACGUGGUUACGUGAUAGGAAAUGCGGAAAUGUGGAAGCAUUUGGGAGCUCGAUGGAAAUUUUGGUUCCAUGUGCCAACGGUAUGGGCCUUAUCCCAAAUGUUCUAAUUGAGAAUUUCGACAAUGAUAGAUGGUAGGAAUUAAAUGCUGAGGAGCAAUAACGGGUCGUUCUGGAGCAGAAGCAAUCAAAUACAUUCCCAAUGUAGGUGGUGCACCAUUUGUGUCCAAGUUGUGUACAACUUUGGUAGUAUGAGAACAACACCUUUUGAUUGUUUUUGCAGAGUUUAUAUUUUUUGUUGUAAGAGACUUGUUGAUGCAAAAUGACUGGGUCAUUUUUGUGAACUU